UGUGAAUGGGGGGCUUCUAGAAACCGGCGUAUCAUCGCUCUGGGAUUGUGGCAACUUUUUAGAGAGAAGAUAGGCGUCGAUGCGGAGGAAACUCAUCAAUCGGGUAAACGCAUGUCCAUUGUGAAUCGUUGUGGCGAUUUAGUACCCAGCAAAGCAGAGGUUUAUGAAGUUUAUUCAAAGUUAUCAUCCGUUUUCUGUGCGAAAAGGAGUGUUGGAAUGCCAUGCGGAUUCGACUGAACUUUGCAGUGGAGCGGCUUGCCCAUCGAAGAAGUGAACAACUUCCACGGGAAAAUUGAUCCUCAACGUUACACGUAUGCCUCCGUGGUAGCUAACGGAAUCUAGUACUUUGACGAAAAGGAUUACAAAACUCUUGAAAGUGUCGGAAAUUGGUGCGCAUGGACGUUUCUCAUCCAGUUGGACGUGUGUUUUUCCAAGCACAUUUUAAUUGGAGCAUGGAAAACUUAACUAUCCACCAUUUUCCUUGAGUGCCUGGACGGGGGGAUAAAGGAAUGCGAAGGAUACUCGGGACUGCUGAAAAACAAGCCAAGGUAGUUUGAAAAUCCUCCACAACGCAUCUAGGGGACUAUAUUUGUAUAACCGGAAAGAAAAUUGGUCAUUUUGUUGCGGAUUGUACAGGUACUAUCUUUACGCACCGAAAUUUGGGGAACUUCUCGAAUCUUACGCGACUUGAGUGUGUAGGCUAUUCAUCAUCAUGGCGGUAACCAAAACCUGGGACUUUGUUCUACUGUCGAGGUACACACUGGCGCUGGGGCUCCUGCUGCUCCAGCCGUGUGGGGGUCAGUAUCACGGAGAGAAGGGCAUCUCCAUACCGGAGCACGGCUUUUGUCAAGCCAUUUCCAUCCCUCUGUGUACGGACAUCGCGUACAAUCAGACCAUUAUGCCAAACCUCCUGGGUCACACAAACCAGGAGGACGCCGGCUUGGAGGUACACCAGUUCUACCCCCUGGUCAAAGUGCAGUGCUCGCCGGACCUCAAGUUUUUCCUGUGCUCCAUGUACGCGCCAGUGUGCACGGUGCUGGAGCAGGCGAUCCCCCCGUGCAGGUCGCUCUGCGACCGGGCACGGCAGGGCUGCGAGGCGCUCAUGAACAAAUUCGGCUUCCAGUGGCCGGAGAGGCUGCGCUGCGAAAACUUCCCCGUCCACGGCGCCGGGGAGAUUUGCGUGGGCCAAAACACCUCCGUGGCCGACACCCCGACGUCGGACCCGACCCCACGCCUCCCGGAGCUGGUCACCUUCUCCCCCGUGGGGCCACCGAACCACCAGCCCUUCACCUGCCCGUUGCAGCUGACCGUGCCCUCCUACCUCAACUACCAGUUCAUGGGGGUGAAGGACUGUGGCGCCCCCUGCGAGCCCAAGGAGCCGCACAGCCUCGGCCUCAUGUACUUCCGCGAGGAGGAGGUGAAAUUCGGCCGCCUCUGGGUCGGCAUCUGGUCCAUCCUGUGCUGCGUGAGCACCCUGUUCACGGUGCUCACGUACCUGGUGGACAUGCGCCGCUUCCGGUACCCCGAGAGGCCCAUCAUCUUCCUCUCGGGCUGCUACUUCAUGGUGGCCGUGGCCUACGCCGCGGGCUUCCUGCUCGAGGACAAGGUGGUGUGCGUCGACAAGUUCAAGGAGGACGUCUUCCGCACGGUGGCGCAGGGCACCAAGAAGGAGGGCUGCACCAUCCUCUUCAUGAUCCUCUACUUCUUCGGCAUGGCCAGCUCCAUCUGGUGGGUGAUCCUCAGCCUCACCUGGUUCCUGUCGGCGGGCAUGAAGUGGGGGCACGAGGCCAUCGAGGCCAACUCGCAGUACUUCCACCUGGCGGCCUGGGCCGUGCCCGCCGUCAAGACCAUCACCAUCCUGGCCAUGGGCCAGGUGGACGGCGACGUCCUGACCGGCGUCUGCUACGUGGGCAUCUACAGCGUGGACGCGCUGCGCGGCUUCGUGCUGGCGCCGCUCUUCGUCUACCUCUUCAUCGGCACGUCGUUCCUGCUGGCCGGCUUCGUCUCGCUGUUCCGCAUCCGCACCAUCAUGAAGCACGACGGCACCAAGACGGAGAAGCUGGAGAAGCUGAUGGUGCGCAUCGGCGUCUUCUCGGUGCUCUACACGGUGCCCGCCACCAUCGUCAUCGCGUGCUACUUCUACGAGCAGGCCUUCCGCGAGCAGUGGGAGAAGACCUGGCACAUGCAGACCUGCAAGCGCUUCGCCGUGCCCUGCCCGUACAACAACUUUGCGCCCAUGACGCCCGACUUCACCGUCUUCAUGAUCAAGUACCUGAUGACCAUGAUCGUGGGCAUCACCUCCGGCUUCUGGAUCUGGUCCGGCAAGACGCUGCAGUCCUGGCGCCGGUUCUACAAGCGGCUGAGCAGCAGCAACCAGGGGGAGACCACCGUGUGAGAGCCCUCCACCCCUCCCCUCCCCUCCCCUCCCCACACAAGUCCCCCCACCUCCUUGGCCCACUCCACUCCACUCCGAC